AUGGCGCAGCUGAGGGCACCGGCGGAGGAGCAGCGGCAGCAAGAGGCGCUGCGCGGCCACGCCGGCGACAAGGACGGCACCGGCGGCGGCGCCAGCGCCGGCGAGAGCAACGACGACGGCAACAAGCGGGCGCGCGCGGGGCUCUGCGGCGUGCUGCGGGAGCGCAGGGUGGUGGAGCUGGCGCGCGCCAAGCGCCGGCUGGUGGAGGUCCCCUACACGGCGACGCUGGCGCACACGGCCAACGCGCUCCUCGCCGCCCGCGUCUCCGCCGUCGCCGUCGCCGCGCCGCCGGGACACUGGAUCGGCGCCGGCGGGUCCAUGAUCCUCGAGUCCGACCCGGCCACCGGCGCCGUCCGCAAGCACUACAUCGGCAUGGUCAACAUGCUCGACAUCCUCGCGCACAUCGCGGAGGCCGGCGAUGACGGCGCCGCCGACGCCGAUGCUGCUCCCGGCGAGGCCGUUGACCUCGACCGCCGCAUGGCCGUGCCUGUCUCCUCCGUCAUCGGUCACUCCCUCGAAGGCCUCACCCUAUGGACUCUCCAUCCAAACACCAGUGUGCUGGAUUGCAUGGAGACGUUCAGCAAGGGGGUCCACCGGGCGCUGGUGCCGCUCGAGAGCGCGGCGGAGAACGUCGUCGCGGUGGAGCUCGUCGAGGCGGCGCCGGCGUACAGGAUGCUGACGCAGAUGGACGUGGUGCGGUUCCUGCGCGCGCACGGCGCCGAGCUGAGGGGCAUCCUGUCGCGCCCCGUGCGCGACGCCGGCGCCGUGAGCGAGGCCGUGUUCGCCGUGGCGAGCAGCACCAAGGUGAUCGAGGCCGUCCGGACGAUGCGCGCCACGUCGCUCGCCGCCGUCCCCGUCGUGGACGCCGCCGUCGACGCGCAGAUCCUCCAGGACGGGAGGGGGAAGCGGGUCGUCGAGACGUUCUCGGCGACGGACCUCCGCGACUGCCCCGUGGCGCAGCUCCGGUCGUGGCUGGGCAUCGGCGUGACGGAGUUCAAGAAGAAGGUGUCCGUCUACCGCGCCAGCGGAAACGACGCCCGCGCCGGCGACGAAGAAGAAGAGCGGCGGCAGCGGAAGAUGGUGACGUGCUCACCGGAGAGCACUCUGGGUGAGGCGAUCGAGAAGGCGGCGGCGCACCACGUUCACCGGCUGUGGGUGGUCGACGAGGAGGGGCUGCUCGCCGGGGUGGUGUCGCUGACCGACGUGCUCCGCGUCGUCAGGGAGGCCGCCCUCGGCGAGGACCAGGAGCUCCACGACAUCGUGUCGUCCUAGCCUCCUCCUCGAUCGACUUAGAGCUUUGUGUAGUUGUCGAGGACAAGAAAUGAAUCUGCAACCGCCGCCAUGGCGCCAUGGUUGCCACAAUGUGCUCGUUUUCGUCUUUAAAC